UACAUUAGAAGUUUAAAAAUAUUUAAUAAGAAGAAUAAGAAUAAAAAAAUACAAAAAAUUUUUUGUUUGUUUAUCAGUAUUAUACAAGUAUUAGUUAUUCAAUACAAAUUAUAUUACUUAUAUAUAAGUUAUUAUGUGUAAAAUCUAUGUGAUUGUUUUAAAAAUUUGUGACAAUUUAUAUUAUCACAUGUGAAUAUGUUUGGUAAUAUUUCUAUAAAAAUAUAUAUAAAGUUUAUGUUAUUAUAAUUCAAAAAAAAAACAUAAUGGAUAUUUUAAGUUGGAUGAAUAUUGCUUUACAAAAGGCAAAUGAUUCAUUACAAGCUGGUGAAGUUCCAGUUGGUUGUUUAUUUAUAUAUAAUAAUAAAGUUAUUGCUACAAGUAACAAUACAGUUAAUGAAACUCAUAAUGCAACUCGACAUGCAGAAAUAAAUUGUAUAGAUCAAGUUUUAGAAUUCUGUAAAAUAAAAAAUUUAAGCUAUAAAAAUGUUUUUUAUAAUAUUAAUGUUAUUGUUACAGUAGAACCUUGUAUAAUGUGUACAUCUGCAUUAUGUCAGCUUCAAGUAUGUAACAUUACAUAUGGUUGUAGAAAUGAUCGUUUUGGGGGAUGCAUUAGUGUUUUUGAAAUACCAAAACUUUAUAAUUCAAGAACAACUAUAAUGGGAGGUAUUAAAGAUCAUGAAGCAAUGACUUUAUUAAAAGAAUUUUAUAAAGGUACAAAUCCAAAUGUACCUGAAUCAAAGAUAAAAAAAAAUCAUAAAAAAAUGUUACAAAAAAAUUAAAUAAAAAUAUAAUAAUUUUUAUGACUAUAAUUGAAGAGUAAAGAGGAAAAACAAAAAAAUAUUAUAAAAUAUUUUUAUUGAAAAAGAUUAUUUUGA